UCUCUCUCUCUCUCUCUCUCUCAAUCUCUCUCUCUCUCUCUCUCUCCUUCUCAGAGUGACAGUUUACAGUUCAGCUCAGAGUUGAGGACUCCUUUGGUUUUCCAGAGUUAUGGCGCCAUUCCUCCGCAUUCUCGCCGAAUAGCUCGCUGAUGCUCAAUCCUUCUCCCACUAGUACUCCGGUGACCUGGAAGUGAAGCUCAGACCUCUCCUCCGACGUCGGAGCUACGUGGGUCCAUUUGACUAAAGAUUCUUGCCACUUAAUAAUGACUUUGGAGCAGGAGUUGAGCAGAUUAGAUAUGUUGGGGAAUGCUUUUGCUUUCUAGUAAUAUCAUAAUAUCCCACCCUUGAGGUCUGCAAGAGACUAGAGACAUUCAAGCUUUCUUAGAUUUCCAGACAACUUCAAUUGAUUUUGAUGAUUGGAUAUGAGAGAUGAGGUUUACUGUGAAACUUGUGCUUGCUGGUCUCAUUAGCUUGGCCUGGAUAGAGCAAGUUAAUUGUGAGGGGCCUUCUAAUUCAUCUGAGACAAGUAAGUGGACAUGCACCUGUUUCACCAACUUGAGUAUUGCUAGUGCUGCUAACUGUUCCUCAUCCUGUGAUUGCAAUCCUGAUGGCUCAAGCCAAAGCAAGUGGAUAUGUAUAUGUGCCGCUGAGGGGUUACCUACUGUGGCUGCUGGACGUAAUAAUACUGGCUGCUUUACAUCUUGCAACUGCAGUUUUGGGACUCCAGUUGAAACACAGUAUCCCAAGAAGUGGAUUUCCAGCAAAGCUGUUUUUGUUAUUCUCUUACUUUGUUCAGCAGUUGCAACUCUUGCAUUUAUUGCUUUGAUGCUGUGCUACAUCUAUCAAAGGGAUAAAUAUUCUGUUCAACGACAUAUUUUUUCACCAGAUAAAGAAACAAGUUUCAGUAGUGCUACUAACUUAAUAAGCCAAGGAGCUUCUUCAGAAACAGAAUCUAAAGUUUCUGCAGCCACCCCAACAAAUUUUGUUAGAGGGUGCAUUCCCAAGGCGUCAUUACUAUUCAGAAGCAAAAUGGGAGCACCAUAUGGAAUGAUUAUACAGUUUUCAUACUUUGACUUAGAAAACGCAACUGAUAGGUUCUCUACUUCCAAUUUGAUUGGAGUUGGAGGAAGUAGUCAGGUAUACCGCGGCCAACUGAAGGAUGGAAGAAUCAUUGCAGUUAAGAGAAUAAAAAUUCAAGGAGGGCCAGAUUCAGAAUCUUCUUUCUUGACAGAGAUAGAACUGAUAUCAAGACUUCAUCAUUGUCAUGUGGUGCCAUUGCUUGGCUACUGCUUAGAAUACCAUGGAAAACAUGCUCAGAGGCUGCUUGUAUUUGAAUACAUGCCUAAUGGCAGCCUGAGAGAUUGUCUGGAUGUGGCUUCUGGAAGAUGUUUGGACUGGGGCACUCGGGUUACAAUUGCUCUUGGAGCUGCUCGGGGUCUGGAGUAUCUCCAUGAAGCAGCUGCACCAAGAAUUUUGCACCGUGAUGUCAAAUCCACAAAUGUCCUACUGGAUGAGAAUUGGAGAGCCAAGAUUACUGACCUUGGAAUGGCUAAACACCUGCAAAAUGAUGGUGUGGCCAGUUGUUCCAGUUCCCCUGCCAGAAUGCAGGGGACCUUUGGUUAUUUUGCACCAGAAUAUGCGAUUGUCGGGCGAGCUUCUCUAAAAUCAGACGUAUUCAGUUUUGGUGUUGUGCUUCUUGAACUCAUUACUGGACGGCAGCCUAUUCAGAAGUCAAUGAACAGAGGGGAGGAGAGCCUCGUAAUAUGGGCAACUCCGCGUUUGCAAGAUAGUAAGCGAGUGAUUUCAGAGUUGCCAGACCCAAAUAUGAAGGGGGUCUUUGAAGAAGAGGAAAUGCAGGUAAUGGCUUACUUAGCAAAGGAGUGCCUGCUGCUAGAUCCCGAUUCUCGCCCAACCAUGAGUGAGGUUGUUCAAAUUCUCUCGACUAUUGCUCCAGAAAAAUCUAAGAGGAAGAACUUUAUGGGACACAGCUUUAAGAGCUCAUUCAACCGUGACAUUGAAAGCUAUGGAAGAACUCUCAACCCAACUGGAGAAGAGGAGAUCAAGCAAAUCACGUGUGACCGCUCAUCUUCGCCUCCACACAGCCAGAAAGAAGCCAAUACUGAUUCUGCAAAGUAUGAAGAGAGUGAAAUCGUCCUCUCCUCAAACGUCAAAAAGCAGCGUUCUCAAGAUGAAGAAGCAGUGGACUUGACUGAACCGCGAUUUGAAUCAUUCCAUGUGCCAACAGUUAUAUAUACACAACAAGUUGCUCAAUGAGGUUCUUCUGCUGCAGUGCUGCCAGGUUCAACUGUCUGUUCUUCUGCUGUAUUGUUAAAUUAUCCCUGACAACACAACUAAAGAUAGGGUUAUAUAUAUCAUGCCUUAUUGCAUACAAGGCAAUUGGUUUCAUUUCAUAGAUUAUACAUUUAGAAUGUACAUAUUUUUCAGAUGAUUUAGAAAUACACCAAAUGAUUUUUUUUUUUU